AUGUACAUACCAAGUCAUUUAGAGGUUACUGAUUUAGACAAGCAGGUCAGCGUCAUAAAACAAUACCCGUUGGGUGUAUUGUUCAAUUACAAUUCCGCAAAGACGGGUUUAUUGGACUAUUUCAAGUCUGGUAAGCCACCUUCGGGAACCGACCGUGUGGAUUCUGUCAUGUGUGCUACUCAUGUGCCAUUCCAUUACGUAGAGGAUCCGGAGGGCAAGACCAAGGGUAAAUUGAUCGCCCAUUUGGCUGGGCAGAACCAGCAUAUUGCCAUGCUUGAAGAGAACGCUAACUGCUUAGUGGUUUUCCAGAGUGUGGACUCGUAUGUGUCUCCGGAAUGGUAUCCGUUGAAGAAGAAGACGCAUAAGUUCGUUCCGACCUGGGAUUUUGCGUGCGUUCACGUUUACGGUAGGGCCAAGAUCAUUCAUGAUGACGAGGAAUGGUUGCUGGGUAUGUUGAAUUCGAUCACAGACCAAGAGGAAAAGAAACGUCCAGAUACGACGACUGUUUCCGAGAAAGAUGAAGAUCACUCCGGUGAGAAAGGCGAGGUCCCGAUCCACCGCUGGAAAGUGGAAGAAGCUGAGAAGAGGUACUUGAGCCAGGCGAUGAAGAAUAUCGUUGGUCUUGAGAUUGAAAUCGAUCACGUUCAAUCCAAGUUCAAAUUCCACCAAGAUCAACCACCAGUUAAUGUCAACGGUGUACUAGACGGGUACGCCAAGGAAUUGGAUCCUAAAAAGGCGCAGGAACUUGAGAAGUUUACCCGUCAACAGUACCCAAGGGAAUUAUAA